AUGAUACUGGGUACUGACAUUCCUCUUUCUGCUCACUUGUUUGCACGACGCCACCCGCACUUUUCGAAAUCGACGCGUCGCACUCGGUCGCUCUCGCACUUUUCGUCCGUGCCCAACCUACGCCCACGCCUACGCCCACGCCUAUGCCCGCCCACCCCAACUCGCCUCCAUCCGCUCGCUCGCCGCCGUCCCCGUGUCGGCCCUUGUCUCACCAUCCGCUUGGCCUCGUCUUUCGUACCCGGGUCGCAACUCGAAACAGGCUCUCUUUCAGUCUCCGGUAAUUCCGGCGCCCCUCGAUCCGCCUACGUCCCUCCCCAUGCCAGGAGGUCCGCCCAAGCCACACCUGCGUAAGUGCCCGCGCCCGCCCGUUCACCGGUUUCUCCCUCUCCUUCGCGCCGAAAUCAACUUCGCAGGCCUGGGCCAGACGCGGCCUCAGCCUGGCGAUCCCGACGUCACCCAGCAAUCAAGCAUACCCCGCCCUGUUCCGACCAAGCACGGGUGCAUGACCUGAUCGACUUGGUUUGGUUGGGCCGGGGGUCGCUAUCGGGUUCACCAGGAAUUCUCCCGCGAUUGCCGACGGGCGUUCGCCACCCUCUCGCCGAACCUAGACCAGACGCGCUUGUAUUCGAAAGGCACCCGUUGAACAAGCCCUCGUGCCGCUCACAAAUCCCUGCAAACUGACCAUAUUGCUCCUCGCACUGCCCAACAGUCUUCCCCCCGCUGCUGCCCAGCAACCCGCUGCUGCCGCUGGCUGGGGCAACGCCAAUGCUCCCGCGUUCGUCCCGACCCGAGGAGCCGACUGGUCGACCCCAGCGCCCGCACCUCGCCAAGGUGGCGGAUGGUCCACCGGCGGCGGUGGUGGAGCCGGUGGAGGAUUCCACGGUGGCCACCAACGCAACGACGGCUUGGGCUCGUGGCAGAACGGCAAGCACAUCCCCGGUGCGGCCAACGCCCGCCUCGAGAAGGAGCUCUUUGGUGACGUCGGUGAUGUGAGCAAGCAACAGACCGGUAUCAACUUUGAUGCCUACGCCGACAUCCCCGUCGAGGCCACCGGUACCGAUGUGCCCGACCCCGUGACCGAGUUCACCUCGCCCCCCAUCGACCCUCAUCUGCUCGAGAACAUUAAGCUCGCGCACUACAAGACGCCGACGCCCGUGCAAAAGUACUCGGUGCCCAUCGUCGCCCAAGGUCGCGAUCUUAUGGCUUGCGCCCAGACCGGUUCCGGAAAGACGGGUGGAUUUUUGUUCCCCAUCUUGUCGGCCUCGUUCUCGCGUGGUCCCCGACCCAACCCCAUCGUCGAGCAGCAAGGCCGUGGUUACGGUCGCUCGCGCAAGUCGUUCCCUACGGCUUUGAUUCUUGCGCCCACGCGUGAGCUUGUCUCGCAGAUUCACGAUGAGGCUCGCAAGUUCGCGUACCGCUCGUGGGUCCGCCCUGCUGUCGUCUAUGGUGGUGCCGAUGUUGUAUCGCAGCUGCGCGCCAUGGACCAAGGUUGCGACUUGCUCUCCGCCACCCCCGGUCGUCUCGUUGACUUGAUCGAGCGCGGCCGCAUCUCGCUCGCCAACAUCCGCUACCUCGUCCUCGAUGAGGCUGAUCGCAUGUUGGACAUGGGUUUCGAACCCCAAAUCCGUCGCAUCGUCGAAGGCGAGGACAUGCCCGGCGUCAUGGACCGCCAAACGCUCAUGUUCUCUGCCACAUUCCCUCGCGACAUCCAGAUGCUCGCCCGUGACUUCCUCAAGGACUACAUCUUCUUGUCCGUCGGUCGAGUCGGUUCGACCUCGGAGAACAUUACCCAAAAGAUCGAGUACGUCGAGGACGAGGACAAGCGCUCCGUCUUGCUCGACAUCCUCCACGCUCUCCCUCCUGGAGGUUUGACCCUCAUCUUCGUCGAGACCAAGCGCAUGGCCGACUUGCUCGAGGGCUUCCUUGCCCAGCAGGGCUUCCCUUCGACCUCGAUCCACGGUGACCGUACCCAGCGCGAGCGAGAGUACGCUCUCGAGACGUUCCGCACCGGUCGCACGCCCGUCAUGGUCGCGACCGCCGUUGCCGCUCGUGGUCUCGAUAUCCCCAAUGUCACGCACGUCGUCAACUACGACUUGCCGACCGACAUUGACGACUACGUGCACCGAAUCGGUCGUACCGGUCGUGCCGGUAACACUGGGUCCGCGACCGCCUUCUUCAACCGUGGCAACAAGAACGUCGCUCGUCCCCUCAUCGAGCUCCUCCGUGAAGCCAAGCAAGAAGUUCCCGCUUGGCUCGAGGCUGUCGCGCUCGAAGGUGGCUUCGGCGGUGGAGGACGUGGUGGCGGACGUGGCCGAGGUGGCGCCCGCAGCGGUCCCACUCGUGAUGCUCGAGUCGGUGGAGGACGCUCUGCUGGUGGAUUCGGUGGAGGAUAUGGUGGCGGAGGAGGUGGAGGAGGAGGAGGCUACGGUGGAGGCUACGGCGGCAGCUACGGCGGCGCCCCUCGCCAAAUGGGCCCCGGUGCCUUUGCUGCUUCGUCCAACGGCGGCUCGUCCGCUUUCUGGAACUAAGCCAUUCGCUUGCGACUCUGUACAUCGUCCCUUGCGCUUGUCUGUUCAUUUUGUCCAUCGUCUUCGUCCAUCGCGCCCGAUCUCUCGACUUUCCGACCGCCUCUUUACACCCUUCUACAACCUCACGCCCACCUGAGCAAACUUUCCACACACCAUAAAACAAUUGCAUUCACACGUCAGCGACCAACAAACACGGAAAUUUCUCGACCCGAAGCCAAGGGGUCACCACCGGCGAAUUCUAUUAUUUACCCCUCCCAACACGCGGCUCAGCAUGCCCGACAACAACUCGCACUCUUUUGUACUAACGACCGAGGCCUUCGGCAACGAAAGGUCAACCAACACACGAUUACGGAAUCGAGUCCUUGAUUGA